AUGGGUUCCUCUCCUCCUUCCAAGAGCAAUGAUGCACCAGCGCCGCCGUUGCCUGUUCCAGAAACUAUUCAAUGUCCCAGACCAAUUUGUCUUCAAUAUUUGAAAGGCUUAAAUUUGAAUAGAGCCUAUUUCAAUAAACAUAUGAAUAGAUGUUACUGUUCAAACUGCUAUGGACCUUCAAAACCGAAUGUUUUCAUAGCAGCGAAUUCAAAAUUCACCGUGCCAAGAGGUUGGGUAUCGUUUGGAAUUCAACUCGAUCAAGCAUUUGCUUCUGAUAAGGGAAUAUUUAAAAAUUGGUAUACAACAUUCUAUGGAACAUCAAAAGAUAAACUUAGCGAAAUCAUUCGUAAUCGUUUCAUACCAUUUCCUGGCGAUGAUCUUCUAUCGGGUGAAAAGUUUAUUCUCAAUCUACCCGACCAAAAGCAUGUUUAUACGUCGCCUUCAAUAAAUUACGCUUCUCUAAGCCAUAUAUGUCCCGUUGAUCGGAUGAACGUUAAUGAUAACUUUUAUGAUUUUCAAGUAGUUCUUCGAUGUAAACAGAAUCCAGCUGAUGUACAAAAAUUUGCUAGUGGCAAACCGAAUGCUUGUGAAUUGCUUCCGAAUGAUAAUAUUCAAUGGAAAACAGAUCAACGAUCAUCUGUGUUACCGAUUAGUCUCUUAAUUCGUGCUACGAAAAGUUGA